CCUCCACUUUAAGGGUGGAUCUGCACCUUAACCCUAUAAUCAAUAAUGCAAAGUAAACACCUCCUAAUAGAUCUAAAAAGAAAAUAUGGGUGAAGGUUGGCAUCGCAUGGCGGGUAUAAGAUCUAAAUUCGCAUUACCCUUACCCAAUCUUGAGCGAAAACUAUAAAGCUUGUAAAGAGACCGCGUUUGGUUUGGUUUUGCACAACAAAAAUCACGAGAAAAAAAAUGGCUGAGGAAGGAAAGGCGCCACCGUCGCCGGCGGCCGCAGAUGCGCAUCUUUUUGGGCUACUCUCCAAUCUCCUUCAGCAGGUGGAAUCACUGACCAAUCAAGAAGAAGUGGAGUUGCGCGCCAAGAUUGAAACUCUUGGACUGGAGGUCCGAAAACUUCCUUCAAAAUCUGCUCAACAUCUUAAUGAGGUGGAGAUAGCAAAAGAGUUGGAUAAAUUAUCUGCAAAGCUUGAUCAUGUUGAUGAGUUGAUAUCUUCAACAAUGGCUGAAGACCCGCAGGUCCGUGCUCUCUUAAGCACUACGGCUGAUGUCUGGUUGCCGGUUAUUACUGCAACUUCUGAUGAAAGACGUACUUUUACUUCCAUGACUGGAGAAGACGGUGUUGGAGAAAAGGGGCAAAACUCAGAGAAACUGUAGCUUCUAAAUAUGCCAAUAUGAAUUCUAUGUAGCUCACGCCUAGGAGUGGAAUCUGAGUGUGAUGGAGAAGUGAGGGUAUUCCUCUCGGCUUCUUUAAAUUCUUGAAGAUGUAUAAUGAACUUUUUUUUUUUAAUGGCUAAAUAAUUAAAUUUCAAGUA